GUUGCGCAUGCGCAGAGAGGCAGGACGCUCGCGCAGGUGAAAAGCUGCACUAACGAGAAGUGGAACCGGGAAGGAAGAGUGCUAACGGGAAGCGGGAUGGCGAGCGUGCCGGCGUCGACGAAGCAGCUGGAGAGGAGCACCCACACCGCGUUCGUUCACGGCGACAACACGCUGUACGUGUGGGGGGGCUUCCAGGUCCGCGCCAGUGAGGAAGUCACACUCCCCAGCGAUGAGAUUUGGCUGUGUGACUUGGACAGUGGCAAAUGGCAGCGCCGGGAGAUGGGCGGAGAAACGCCCCCUCUCCUGGUGGGCUUCUGUGGCUCCUACGUCAACGGCUCGCUCUACGUCUUUGCAGGAUACGACGGCCAAACUUACAGCAACCAAAUGUUCAGUGUAGACCUCACGCAACAUUGCUACUUGUGGAAGAAGGUGCUGACCACCAAAGGAACAACGCCUUCCCCGAGGAAUAAACACAGCUGCUGGGUGCAUGGAGACAGGUUGAUCUACUUUGGAGGCUACGUUUGCAAAACCCUCCGGGAGGCGAGAAACUUGGAGUCGACAAACUUCAUCAUCGAAGAGAUGAACUGGCUCACUAUCGGUGAUGUCUUGUUUCGCUGCUGGGGCUGGCACAACGAAGUCGACGUCUUUGACACGUUCACCGCUACCUGGAGUGUGCCUGAGACGAAGGGUCAGCCCCCGCUUCCCCGAGGCUGCCACGCCAGCGCCGUGGUGGGCAACAGAGGUUACGUCUGUGGAGGCGUGGAAAGUGCUGAGUUGGACAUGUACUGCUUGGACCUGGAUGUGUGGCACUGGACUCAAAUUGCGGCCUUGUCAUGCCGAGUGCCGCCGGGCCGUUCCAUGCACACCUUGACACUCAACGCAGAUCACAGCCUCUUCGUAUUUGGCGGUCUGGGCUUAGAUGGGAAAACACUCAAUGACGCCUGGCAGUUCGAUACGCUGGCGAGAGAGUGGCGCGAGAUGACUCACGCGCACAGCGACAAGCCCAGGGUGUGUCACACUGCCUGCCUGGGGAGCGACAAUGAUGUAAUCAUAUUCGGGGGGAGCAGCAACUUGUCCAUCGCAAUGGAUUCGAUCACCAUGCUGACGUGUCCAUCGCAGACUCACAGCGGUGACGUGUUGAUCAUCCAGACACAGCCGUACCCACUCUUCAGGUUGUGCGAGGACUUCCUGGGUAGCAACUCUGAGGUCUUCUCACAACACCUCCACAGGCUGCCGGCCAAGCUGCGUGCCAAAAUCGACAAGAGGAUCUCCUUCUUCUCCAAGUCGCUUGCACCCACUUGAAGAGCAUCGACCCUGUGCGCAUUGACCCUGUGCACCCCCCUCCGGUGAUAUGAGCCAGUUGCUAACGUUAGUUUGUUUGCAAGGGUUCAAAAAUCAUGCUGCUUUAUGCUUUUUAACGCACACAACAAAAAACAUCACUUUGUAAGUAAAGGUCUUGUUUUAAUGUAAAAGUCAUAUUGAGAGAAUUUUUAUCUACAUACAUGGAGUGUUUUUGAAAUGUUUUGAAUAAAGUUAUUGAUUUUGU